AUGAUAUGCGGGGAAAAUGGGAUACCCACAUCCAACAGAGCCAAGAAACAAGUUGUACGUGCAGUGAAAUCCGGGUAUUAUCCCAAGCAAGUGAUGGAGAUUACGAGCGCGGCAGAAGAGCCGGUCAUCAGCUUCGGGGCAGAGGACCUGCGGACGCUUAUGUAUCCACAUGACGAUGCGUUGGUGAUCAUGGCAGACAUAGCCGGUUGCAUUGUUCAUUGUGUCUUCGUAGACUCGGGCAGUGCAGUAAAUAUCUUGUAUCUGGAGUGCCUCCAGAACAUGGGGGUCGAAGCCCACAUUGAGCCAACAAACGCCCAUUUAUUCGGAUUCGGGGGAGAAAUGGUCAUGCCAAUAAGUUUCGUGGAGUUGUCGUUAAGUCUCGGCAAUGCUGCAGCUAGCAAAACCAGGGUAAUACGAUUUCUAGUAGUGGAUAUGUCAAAACCAUCCUACAAUGUGAUACUCAGCCGUCCCGCCUUGACGGCAUUCAGGGCAAUAAUCUCCAUGUUCUACCUAAAAAUGAAAUUCCCCAUCGGAGGGGGAAGAGUGGGAGAGGUAUGGGGUGACCAAAAAACAUCGAAAGCAUGCCAUGUACAAAUGCUUACACAUUCCUCGGGGCAGAAAAGGGAAAGAAUAACAGAGGGAUCGGAUACCCAGAAAAGGGGAAAGGUGGGCGAGGUUAAUGCCCCGGCAGAAGAGCGACAGGAGCUGGCGGGAUUAUUGAAAGAUCGGGACAGUGCAGAGAAAACCGCUCUGGUUUCCACCAGUGACGUGUGCAAUAUGAUUGAAUUGUUCCCCGGGCAAGAAGGUUUUCAGACCAAGAUAGGGUCUUCCAUGGAUAAACAAACUACAAAUGAGCUAAUUAGCUACCUGCGGAGAAAUGCGGAUGUAUUUGCCUUCAGUACGGCUGAUCUAAAGGGAAUAGACAGAGGGUUGGCGGAACAUUGCCUUAAUGUGGAUCCGAAGGUUAAACCAGUGAAGCAGCGAACAAGGCAUUUCGGUGCCGAAAAUGAUGCCGCGAUCAGGGAACAGGUUCAGGGGUUGUUGGAUGCGGGCCAUAUUGAGGAAGUCCAAUAUCCAGAGUGGAUAUCAAAUGCCGUGAUGGUGGCAAAAAAGAUGAAUAGUUGGCGUAUGUGUGUGGAUUACAGAGACUUGAAUGCUGUCUGCCCAAAAAACCACUAUCCUCUGCCGAGGAUUGAUCAGUUAGUAGAUUCCACAUCAGGCUGCGCGCUACUGCCCAUGAUGGAUGCAUAUCAGGGAUACCACCAAGUAAAAAUGAACAGAGGGGACAUUGCCAAAAUGGCCUUCACCGUCUGCUGCGGGGUUUACGGUUGGAGGAGCAUGCCGUUUGGUUUAAAAAACGCAGGGGCCACGUACCAGAUGAUGAUGGAAAAAAUCUUUAAAGAGCAACUUUCAAGGAAUAUAUCAGUAUAUGUCGAUGACAUGUUGGUGCGCAGUGUCAGAGUAGAGGAUCAUGUCUCUGACCUGGAGGAGGUUUUCACGGUGAUCAGAAAACACCGGCUCAUGCUCAACCCAGCAAAGUGUACCUUUGGGGUCACCACGGGAAAGUUCUUGGGAUACAAAGUUACUCCUGCGGGAAUCGAAGUCAAUACGGAGAAAGUCAAGGCCAUAAUGGAAAUGACACCGCCAAGAGGGAUCAAGAAGGUACAGACUUUGAACGGGCGUAUCACUGCUCUGAGCAGGUUCAUCUCUCGGUCGGCAGAGCGCAGCAUGCCGUUCUUCAAAAUCUUAAGGAAGGGAACCAAGUUUCAGCAGACAGCGGAAUGUCGGACAGCGUUUGAAGAUCUCAAAGCCUACCUAGCAGAGCUUCCGACUCUGACCAAGCCAGUCCCGGGAGAAACAUUAUAUUUAUACAUAGCAGUGGGAGAAGAAUCGGUUAGCUCUGUGCUUAUCAGAGAAGAGGGAAAUCACCAGAGGCCGAUCUACUUUGUUAGCAGAAUCAUCCAGGGUCCCGAGUUAAACUACACUGAGAUUGAAAAGGCUGCUCUGGCAGUCAUGGUCACGGCACGAAAAUUGAGGCCUUAUUUCUUAUCGCAUAGGGUAGUGGUGCGAACUGCUUUACCUUUCAGGCAGGUAUUGGGGCGACCAGAUUUGUCGGGGAGAAUGGUCAAGUGGGCCGUGGAGUUGGGGGAGUAUGACGUGGAGUAUGAGCCGAGAACGGCAAUCAAAGCACAAGCUCUUGCGAACUUUAUCCAAGAAACCACUCGCCGACCUAUGCAAGAGUUUUGGGUUGCUUUUGUGGAUGGGUCAGUAACAAAGGAAGGGUGCGGAAUUGGGGUGUACAUCAUCUCACCAAGCUAUGGGAUAUAUCAAUUUGCUAUCAAAUUCACCUGCCGGAUGUCCAACAACGAAGCCGAGUACGAGGCCGUGGUCAGAGGGGCGCACAUCUUGUCAGAGUUGCGGGCUGAAUGUGUUAUCAUCAGGACCAAUUCCCAACUAGUGGCUCAACAGUUGUCGGGAGCCUAUCAUGUCAAAGACCAGCGGAUGAAAGCAUACCACUGCAAAAUCAACGAAAUGAAACAAAAGUUCAUGGAGUUUAAAAUCGAGCAGAUUUCCCGGGAGGAAAACACAAAAGCAGACUUGUUGGCACGCAUGGCCAGCGCAGUGGAACAGACAUGGAGUGACGAGAUCAUAUUGCUCUGUGAUACCAGAGAAAUGGGGACUUCACAGCCUUUAUUGAAAUGCUUAUCUCCAGAGGAGGCUAAUUUUGCUUUAAAAGAAAUUCAUGCAGGUUGCUGUGGUGGUCACACGGGGUUCCGGGAUCUUCUACAAAAAAUCAUUCGGGCAGGGUUCUAUUGGCCUAACAUCAACAAGGAUGCCAGGGAAUUCGUCCGCAAAUGCGAGGCUUGCCAAAGACAUGCUGGGAGAAUCAAUGUCCCGGGGGAAACCGUGGGAGUCAUGUAUGCUGCAUGCCCAUUUGACAAAUGGGGCAUAGAUAUCGUUGGGAAAUUGCCCACGGCACCAGGGGGCAAAUGUUUCCUCAUCGUGGCGGUGGAUUACUUCUCCAAAUGGGUUGAAGCCGAGGCCGUGGGGAAGAUCGACGAGGUGACAGUGGAGCGGUUCAUUUGGCGGAACAUAUGCUGCAGAUUUGGCGUCCUCAGGAUCAUUGUGUCAGACAAUGGAACCCAGUUUACAGGGCAGAGAAUUGCCGACUUCUGUGACCGAAUGGACAUCACCCAGCGUUUCGUGUCCGUGGCUCAUCCUCAAGCAAAUGGGCAAGUGGAGCUAGCAAACAGAUCAAUCUGUGAGGGAAUCAAAAAGUGGCUGAAUCAGAGCAGAGGGAAAUGGGUCGAGGAAUUGGACACUGUCCUUUGGGCCUAUCGAACUAGCCCAAAGACAGCAACCGGCGAGGUGCCUUUCACCCUGGUAUACGGAUCCAAUGCAGUGAUACCAGUGGAGGCCAGACUGGAGUCAUAUCGCAUCACUACCUACGAUACAGAGCAAAAUUCCAAACUCGGAAGAACAGAGCUCGAUCUUGUAGAAGCACAGAGGAAUGAAGCUCAAGUCAGAGCAGCGAAAUACAAAAGCAUCAUCAAGGCGGGAUACGACAAGAGGGUCAGAGCAAGGAAGCUAGCCAAGGGCGACCUAGUCCUCAAGAAAGCAGACGCACUAAAGCCAGUGGGCAAAUUUGAACCCAAUUGGGAGGGUCCCUUCAUCAUCACCGAGGUCCUGGGCGGCGGAGCGUACACUUUGUCGGAUCCAGACGGCAGAGCUCUCCCUAGACCGUGGAACAUCAAUACUUUGAAAAAGUUCUAUGUAGUGUUCCAGCCAGCAGCAAGGGGAAGCAGCAAAGGGAAACAGCAAAGGGAAGCAGCGUGGGAAAGCAACAAAAGAAGGCAACAAAAGGAGCAGCGAGGGGAUGACCCAGAAGCGGGAGUCAGAGAAAUCCUCGGAGGAGGAGUCAGGGAAAUCCUCAAAGCAGGAGUCAGAGAAUCAAAGCAAGAGUCAGAGAAACCCUCAAAGCAGGAGUCAGAGAAACCCUCAAGGCAGGAGUCAGAGAAAUCCCAGAAGGAAGGAUCAGAGAAACGCUCAGAGUAG